GCUUUGGGAGUGUUCGGUCUAUGCCAAAUUGUGGCCUUCGUUGAUUACGUUCGCAGCAAGUUAUCGAAGAAUGACUUUGAUACAUUAUUCACAUUUUUGAUGUAUACUGUUGGAAUAUUAGUUGUAACAGUGGGAGGUAUCUUAACAUUCUCCGGCAAAAUUUCUCCAUGGACAGGAAGAUUUUAUUCUCUUCUGGAUCCAUCUUAUGCAAAAAAUCAUAUUCCAAUCAUUGCCAGUGUAUCAGAGCAUCAACCUACUUCGUGGAGUUCCUUUUAUUUUGAUCUGCAGAUUUUAGUGUUCCUGUUUCCUGCUGGUCUUUACUUCUGCUUCAAGCAAUUAACAGAUGCUAACAUUUUCAUGAUUUUGUAUGGAAUCACCAGUAUAUACUUUGCGGGUGUGAUGGUCCGUCUAAUGUUAGUCCUAGCUCCUGUGAUGUGUAUUCUCAGUGGCAUUACAAUAUCACAUCUACUCACCAAAUUCAUGAAGAAUACCGAUCUUCCCAAACAAGUUGAACAUAAAAAACAUCACAAGAAAAUGGAAGCAAACACUACACUGAAAAAUGAAAUUUCUACAUUGUUUGUGACAGUAGUAACCAUUCUUUUGAUAUCCUAUACAUUCCACUGCACAUGGGUUACUUCUGAAGCUUACAGUUCACCUAGUAUCGUUCUUAGUGCCAGGUCCCAUGAUGGAGGAAGAAUAAUUUUUGAUGAUUUCAGAGAAGCUUAUUAUUGGUUGAAGAUGAACACUCCUGAAGAUGCCCGCAUCAUGUCUUGGUGGGAUUAUGGCUAUCAGAUAACAGCAAUGGCUAAUCGAACCAUUCUGGUAGAUAACAAUACUUGGAAUAAUACGCAUAUCAGUAGAGUGGGUCAGGCGAUGGCCAGUACUGAAGAAAAAGCUUACGAAAUAAUGAAAGAACUUGAUGUUGAUUAUGUGUUGGUUAUUUUUGGUGGACUCACUGGAUAUUCAUCAGAUGAUAUAAAUAAAUUUUUAUGGAUGGUUAGAAUAGGUGGAAGUACUGAUAGAGGAGCACAUAUCAAAGAAUGGGAUUAUUAUUCACCCAGUGGAGAGUUCAGAGUGGACAAGGAAGGUUCUCAAACAUUGUUAAACUGUCUAAUGUACAAAAUGUGUUACUAUAGAUUUGGACAAGUCUAUACUGAAGGUAAAUUUAAUAAUGCAGCUCGAUAUUUAUUCUGCAAUACUGCUGUCACCCAUGUUAUGCUUCAAGGAUUGAUAAUAAUGAUGAGUAUUGGGUUGUUUCAAAAGUUUUGCCUUUUUUUAUGAGU